AUGACCAAAGCGGACACUCUCAUCGCUGUAGCUGUAGUUGCUUUGAUUGCCACACACAACGUCAACGCAACAUUUGUCCGCAGACUAACUGAUGAAGACAGUGGAUCACUCGACUUUGACUCCUCGGAAGGCUCUAACGACGACAGUGCAUCAUCUCUGGAAGAUUUCCUUAACAGUCAGGCAGGAGACACCGUGCCGAAGUUUGGCCAAUGCGGAGGCAUCGGCUUCAUUGGCAACUCGCAGUGCGCUCACGGCUACGUCUGCGUCCUUUCCAAUCCCUGGUAUGCGCAAUGUCUGCCCAAAGGCUCGCAGACGUCAGUGCAGACCAAGAAGCACAGCCAUCGCUCGAAAGUGCACACCGAAGAUGCGGAUCUCUUGGUUGACGACCUUACGACCGCUGAGGUAAUCCCAGCAUGGGAGCAAUGUGGAGGCAAAGGAGUUGACUUUGAUUUCACCACGGACGACUCUAAGGACGAGGAAACUCCAAAGAAACCUUGUGAGGAAGGCUACUCUUGUGCAGUCAUCAACGAAUGGUACUACCAGUGCAAGCCACUCGAGAACCCCUCGGGUGUUCAUCUCUGGGACCAGUGCGGCGGUGAGGACUACACAGGCCCCGCGGAUUGCACUGCUGGAUCUGUGUGCAAGUACUUCAACGCGUGGUACUCGCAAUGCGUCCCCAAGGAACAAGAGUUCUCGUAG